CUCCUGUUCUUGUCAGAGUAUCUUUAGGUAUUUACUUACUCUGUUUUUUAACUCUUUCCUCUGUGAGGAUUAUGGGUAAAUUUGGCAUUUUUACUGUUAAAAUUAAAUAAGACUGUGAAAUUAUUAAUACCAAAGGUAUAUUUGCUUAAUUCAAUUAAAAACCACUGUUAAACGCAACGCGAAGACGUGUUCGUAUUUUUGAUUUGUUGUAUGUCCCUUGUGUGACGCCGUUUUCCUUGUUGCCAUGACAACUUAAACUCUUUUUCCGGAGCUAACAUGGCUAGUAUAAAAAUAUCGGAUUUUUACGCUGCUGUGUGCGAAGAACAUCAAAAAGAAAUAAACCCUUACGUUUUACAAGUUCUGAAGGAGACGACGCUCACGAAGUAGGUGGCGUAAUGUUUUCUCACAGGUUUAAAAUGAAAGUUUUGAUAUUAACGGACAUCUAAGUUUAGCUGUCGGAGUUAACGUUGCCUUCAGGGACCCCUGAAAUGGUCAGGUAUAAUAAGUUUCAAAAGUUUUAUUGGUAAAGUUAAAAUGUUUAAAACAGGAACUUAAAGUAACCAAAUGGUAGCCGAAGUAGUUAAAAGCUACCGAUUAAUUUAGUACAAUUGCAGUUACUAUUUUACAUUUUUAAAUCAAAAUUCUGUCAAGAGUUUUCUGUAGCGACCUGUGACUUCAAAAAGGCAGGUAUGGUAGCCUACUUUUUCCAACCAUUUAUCGCAUAAUAAUUAUAAUAAUAAUAAUAAUAAUAAUAAUAAUAAUAAUAAUAAUAAUAAUAAUAAUAAUUACGGUCCAAACAGGUUGAAAUAAGUUCAUUAUUUCGCAUUUUAAAAAAUUAAACUAUUUCAUAAAUAUGUGAAAUAACUUUGUUCACAUGGACUGAACUGUGGGCACCCAGUUCAACAGCUUUUUUUCUUACACCUUCCCUCUCCACCAACUAUAGAUGGAAGGAAAGGACUAGAAGAAAAAUAAAAAGAGUUUCAAUAUAUCGCAGGUGGUGUUAAAAGUUAUAAUCUACAAUGUCUCUCAGACUUGAGCCUUUUUGCAGAGCACUUCAACACAGCAUGAAAUUAACUGAGGAUGUGGUGUUUGUGUUUUUGCAGGAGUGUCACAUUAGAACUUUCUGGAAACAACCGACUCAGAUGUGUUCAAAGACUGGAUGACAAAGACGUUUUUUCUCUUUCAAAGUGUCUGAUUGACAGCAAACAUGUGACAGGUGAGAAGUGACUGUGGGUGUUUAUAUCCAUUGAAAUGAAUAUGAAUGUCAACUGUUUCCUUGUCUCAGCAGGUCUCGACUUCAGGUACAACAACAUAUCAGAUAAAGGGGCUGGUGACUUGGCAGAACUUUUACAGGUGAGCAGACAGUUGAGGAAAAAUGAGUUUACUGUUUUAUUUCUCUGCUUUGGUUUGAAGUGUUUUAUUUUUGUUGAGUAGGAGGAGAGCUCGAGUCUGAAAUCUCUGAACCUGACGUUCAACGACAUCCAGACUGAUGGGGCUGAAGUUCUUGCCAAGAGUCUGCAGGUCUAUACCUCUCUCUGUGACACGCUAAACUGUUACUGAAGUUCUGAUGAAGCAAAUAAGAUAAGAAGAACUUUAUUUAUCCUCUGGAGGAAAUUCAAUAGAAAAUGGUAUGAAAUCGAGUUUUUCUCAGGGAUUUGGUCUUUUUUGGGCAAUAAUGGAGCUCUUUCACACUGAUAAGUACAGUAAAUCUAGCUAUGAGACAUAGUGAGGUAACCCCAGGAGAAGCAUUCAUUUUUUCUCUCUUUCCCUUCUCUCUCUCUCUCUGCAGUGUAACAGCACCUUGCUCUCGCUCAGCCUCUCAGGUAAUAAGAUUGGGAACAGAGGGGCGAUGCACCUGGCCAGCAUGCUGCAGGUGAACCACACGCUGAGGGAGCUGCAGCUGGCUGACUGUGACCUGGUAAACAUGCACCAGACAUUAAAGGGGACCUGCCCUCCCAGUAUCACAAGCGCAGCCACCUUUUAGUUGCUCUUAAAACCUGCAUUCUUUCCAAUGUCCAGCAGGGGGUGACCCAAAAAAAGAACCUGGUUGCACAGAAGUCAAAUAAUGCACACCUGUCUCCUGCUCCCGCUCUUCCUGCUCCUCUCAGCAGGAGCAGCAACUUUUGAUGCUCCUGAUUUGGACUCGGUCUGAGCGGCCGCUGAUGAAGUUAAAGUAAAAGCUGUUUAAAGGGAGGGGCUGCUCCCACGCUCUGCUGUUGAGAAAGAGAGAGAGGGGCACUUUAUUUCAUUUAUAAGACAUGACAGGGGAGAAAAUUGAGGUUCCUAUUGGCAAAGUUGUGUCAGGUUCAGGCAGGAUCUUGUUUUCUGUCUCUACAGGCCACUCAGAGUGUGAUAGCAUUUGCCAUCAUGUUGAAAAGCAACGAGAGUCUUCACUCCCUGGAUAUCAGCCGCCCUCAGCUGCUCUUCAGCCUCCAGGUACGAUCACACAGACAAAAUCAGAUUAAUAUCAGACUCAGCUUUCGACAUGAAGCUGUGUGUUUCUGUUAGGAGGAGUGGACCGUGCACUUCUCUGAGAUGCUGGCAGUGAACAGCAGCCUGGUGGAGCUGCACCUGGGGAAGACGGGGAUGACGGACACGGGGAUGGAGAGGCUGUCUGAAGGCCUGAGGCUAAACCGCAGCCUCAGAUACCUGGACCUGCGUUGGUACGAGUGAAAACCCUCUGAGUUUAAGGAGCCUUCACUCUCACUGUUCACUUUCUCUCUAUGUUGUCUUCGUCUGCCGCAGCAAUCGCCUGACUCGUGACGGUGUGCGCCAUCUAACUGAGGUGCUGAAGCAAAACCCCAGCCUUGAGAUCUUGGAUCUGUCAGCCAAUCGGAUUGAAGAUGAAGGAGCUUUAUACUUGGGCGAUGCCAUCAGUCACAGAGGCUGCUCCCUGAGAGAGUGAGUCCACCACAAGAGCGACAUUUUAAAGGUUAGAGGGGCAGUCCAUCAGACCCCAGCCUCAGUCUGCUCCUUGUGAAGAGACUGAAGCAGGAUAACAAAGAUACAUUUACAAAUCAAAUGCUCAUCUUUUGCCUGUUUGUGUCCCCCAGGUUGUCUGUCACCAGUAACAACAUCAAGACGGAGGGUCUGCUGUCUCUGUCUGUGGCUAUGAGGCUAAACACAUCUCUGAGCCACAUCUACAUCUGGGGAAACCACCUGGAGGAGCGUGUCUGCCAGGUAUCUCACACUCAUAUUUAAGCAGAGCUGCACUAGAAGCCUCACAUGUCCUGUGUUAACCCUGCCGCCCCCUUCUCCUUCACCUCAGGCCUUCAGAGAGCUGAUCUCCAGCGGCCGUCUGCCCUCAGCUCAAACUGACGUGAGCGCAUACGAGGUCGACGGUCGGGUGUUUCUCGCUGAGAUGUGCCACAGUUUGAGGAGACACUACGACGGGAUGGAUCACUGCUCUGAUACAGAAUCAUCCUCAACCCCUGACACCGCAGCAGACCUGUUAACGGAGCCCGCUGAUAACACCGAGUCCACCCUCACGGCUCAGAUCAGGGACCAGCGGGUGGUUCCCCUGCAGCCUUUGGGUUAACCUCAGAAAGACUUCAAACUUCCUAAAAAACUGAUUUAAUUCACCGUUAACUAAAGGAGAAAAUAAAGACAGGGCAGAAAAAUAAAGAGCCUGAGAAACUUGAGUUAGAAAAGAACAAAACUGUCUUCAGCGACAGAUUUUAAAUCAAGGUGCAAACUGUUAACACGUCUCAUUCAAACUAAACAAGAAAUUCUCCCUCUGCAGUAACGGUUUGUGCUCUGAUCUCAACAUUUUCAUGUUUUAUAGAAAGGUUAAAUCUGAAAAAACAAAAAGAAAAUUAUAACAGAUUUGUUCCUCGAAUUUGAUCAGUUUUCAAAAUUUACAAAAUAUCAUUUUUUUCAUGUUUUCUCUUCAAGUUUCCAACAUAAAA